UCGUCCCGCCCCUGCCUCUGAGUGACAGGACCGUGGACAGCAACAUUUCCAGCUAGACACGAAGUUUGUCGGCCCUUGCCUUGGCUGAGCUGAGAUUUGAAGUCUAUAUCUCAGAGGGAUGAUCUGAACAUACUCUUCAUUAUAGAGGAAAUAAGAAAAAGCAACCAAGAGCAUUGUUAUUGGUAUCUGGAAUUGAAUUUGCCAGGAAUGCAAGCACAGCUUCCUCAGUAAAGAUCUUGCCUUUGGAAACAUCUUACCCCUUGGCAGCUCUCCAGAGUUCAGACUUGGCAGCAUCAAGGACACAACACAAGGGGCAAAUAGCAAAUUACUGACAAUAAUCAUUCUCUUUUGGAAAUAUCUUCUAGAGGACCUGAUUCAGAGGGUAAUAACUCAAUCAAAAUUAAUAUAAGAAACAAUAGCUAUCAUUCCUUUGGAUACCUUUGUUAAUUGAGUCUUAGAGUUGUACUGAAGAGCAUUGAUCAUAUGGAUGUGUUGCUUUUCAAAUCAGGCAUUUUGGAGAUCAACGAUGGGUAGAAAAGAUGCCUCUACUGUAAAACUUCCUGUUGAUCAGUACAGAAAGCAAAUUGGUAAACAAGAUUAUAAAAAAACCAAACCUAUUUUACGAGCAACCAAAUUAAAAGCAGAAGCAAAGAAAACAGCAAUAGGGAUAAAGGAAGUUGGCCUCGUACUAGCAGCUAUAUUGGCCCUCCUACUGGCUUUCUAUGCUUUCUUUUAUCUCAGACUGUCCACAGACGUUGACCCUGAUCUGGAACGAGAUGAAGAUUAGCUGAACAGCAAUCAGUGCAUUAAAGGGAAAUAAUUUUAUAAAAGCAUCCCUUGGGACCAACACUUUCUAAAGUACUGAAACUGGAACAUCUUGAAUUCUUUCUGCUGGUAUUUUCAGUUUUGAGAAAUAUCUUUUUAAAUAGUUGCAUAGGAUAUCAAAAAAAGAACCUUACCUAGCAAUGUAGUAUAAUGUAUGCUACCGGAUACUUUAAUAAAUCUUUCUACUUUGACAGGCAACCUAUUCAUGGUGCAUUUAGAUUAAAUGGAAAACAGAUCCUAAAUUCUUCGGAUGUCUUAGCCAAUUUAUGUGUAUAACUCCGUCACUUCAGAUUACUAAAUCUAUUUUUGUUCCGUAUACAUCGUAAGUAAAAGUAUAUAUCCUCAUUUACAGAAACAUUCUCAAAUCACAUUCAGAGCCUAAGAAGGAAUGAAAAGUCAUGGGAAAUUUUUCAUUUUACAAAGAAGCCCUGCUUUCUUUCCAGACAUAUUUUAUAUCAUUAGAGAGACUAUCUGCCAUACAUCUACAGUAAUCUUUUUCCUUCUUUGCCAACUGUUCAGCGCACAUGUGCUCCAUCAGAAAUGGCACCUGGAUGACAGAAGCUCAAAGAGUCACAUAUGUCUGUAAAAUAGAGUUCCUUUCCUCUUGGGCUGUCUGAACUGGUGUAAAUAGAAAGUUCAGUUGAUCUUGAUUUUAAUUAACUUAUUAUUGUAUUAAUAUAAACUUGGAAUUCUAUUUUAAUUAUGUUGUUCAGGCUGCUUGCAGUAUCAGUUUGCCCUUCUUGUUAGGGAGGUAUGUAACAAUCUGUCAUUUACUUGUGCAGUUUUGUUUUUUUUUUUUUUUCACACAACAGUAACGGAAGUCCUACCUACUCAGAAUAAUUUUCUUGGAUUGCCUCCUAAACCCAAACAAUACAAAGUUGGUUUACAAAAUUACAUUUUGUCUCUUGAGAGUUAAUCAAUUACAACUGUUUUGUGAAAAAUAAAUAAUAGAUGAAAAUACA